CCCCCACCUUCCCCUCUGCCCACUCCCACUGAAGGCCAUGGCUCCCGUCCCUCUACGGCUGCCAUGAGGCCUGCACUCUGCAGGGCUGAAGUCCAAAGUUCAGUCCCUUCGCUAAGCACACGGAUAAAUAUGAACCUUGGAGAAUUUCCCCAGCUCCAAUGUAAACAGAGCAGGCAGGGGCCCUGAUUCACCGGCUGCUGGGGCCAGGGUUGGGGGUUGGGGGUGCCCACAGGGCUUGGCUAGUGGGGUUUGGGGGGGCGGUGGUUGCAAGGAUCCUGGCUUGUGUCUGCCACUGGCCGGCAAGUAACAGCCCACGCGGUGGAGGAGGCGGCCAGCGCGGUGGCCCCAGGCCGCGUGGCCCCGCGGUGGCGGAGCCAUGGUCUCUAAACUGAGCCAGCUGCAGACGGAGCUCCUGGCCGCCCUGCUCGAGUCGGGCCUGAGCAAGGAGGCGCUGAUCCAGGCGCUGGACGAGCAGGGGCCCUACCUGUUGGCCGGAGAUGGCCCGCUGGACAAGGGGGAGGCCUGCGGCGGCGGCGGCCCAGGGGAGCUGGCCGAGCUGCCCAACGGGCUGGGGGAGGCUCGGGGCUCCGAGGACGAGACGGACGACGACGGCGAAGACUUCACGCCACCCAUCCUCAAGGAGCUGGAGAACCUCAGCCCCGAGGAGGCGGCCCACCAGAAAGCCGUGGUGGAGACCCUUCUGCAGGAGGACCCGUGGCGCGUGGCGAAAAUGGUCAAGUCAUACCUGCAGCAGCACAACAUCCCACAGCGGGAGGUGGUGGACACCACCGGCCUCAACCAGUCCCACCUGUCCCAGCACCUCAACAAGGGCACUCCCAUGAAGACGCAGAAGCGAGCCGCCCUGUACACCUGGUACGUCCGCAAGCAGCGAGAGGUGGCCCAGCAGUUCACCCAUGCAGGGCAGGGUGGGCUGAUCGAGGAGCCCACAGGUGAUGAGCUACCUACCAAGAAGGGGCGGAGGAACCGUUUCAAGUGGGGCCCAGCAUCCCAGCAGAUCCUGUUCCAGGCCUACGAGAGGCAAAAGAACCCCAGCAAGGAGGAGCGAGAGACGUUGGUGGAGGAAUGCAACAGGGCCGAGUGCAUCCAGAGGGGGGUGUCACCAUCACAGGCACAGGGGCUGGGCUCCAACCUCGUCACCGAGGUGCGUGUCUACAACUGGUUUGCCAACCGGCGCAAAGAAGAGGCCUUUCGGCACAAGCUGGCCAUGGACACGUACAGCGGGCCCCCACCGGGGCCAGGCCCGGGACCCGUGCUGCCUGCCCACAGCUCGCCUGGCCUGCCGCCACCCGCCCUCUCCCCCAGCAAGGUCCACGGCGUGCGCUACGGACAGCCUGCAGCCAGUGAGGCGGCAGAAGUGCCCUCGAGCAGUGGCGGUCCCUUGGUGACAGUGUCUGCAGCCCUGCACCAAGUGUCCCCCACAGGCCUAGAGCCCAGCCACAGCCUGCUGAGCACUGAAGCCAAGCUGGUCUCAGCAACGGGGGGCCCCCUGCCCCCUGUGAGCACCCUGACGGCACUGCACAGCUUGGAGCAGACAUCCCCAGGCCUCAACCAGCAGCCCCAGAACCUCAUCAUGGCCUCGCUCCCGGGGGUCAUGACCAUCGGGCCUGGAGAGCCUGCCUCCCUGGGCCCCACGUUCACCAACACGGGCGCCUCCACCCUGGUCAUUGGCCUGGCCUCCACUCAGGCCCAGAGUGUGCCCGUCAUCAACAGCAUGGGCAGCAGCCUGACCACGCUGCAGCCCGUCCAGUUCUCCCAGCCACUGCACCCUUCCUACCAGCAGCCGCUCAUGCCGCCCGUGCAGAGCCACGUGGCCCAGAGCCCCUUCAUGGCUACCAUGGCCCAGCUGCAGAGCCCCCACGCCCUCUACAGCCACAAGCCGGAGGUGGCCCAGUACACUCACACGGGCCUGCUUCCGCAGACCAUGCUCAUCACCGACACCACCAACCUGAGUGCCCUGGCCAGCCUCACGCCCACCAAGCAGGUAAGGCCCAGGCCUGUGGGCCCCCCCUGGGCUCCGCCCGAGAGCCCCCUCCAUACCCUGGGGGCUCAGGUGGCUGCUCUGCUUCCCCAGGUCUUCACCUCAGACACCGAGGCCUCCAGUGAGUCUGGGCUUCAUACGCCGGCCUCCCAAGCCACCACCCUGCACGUCCCCAGCCAGGACCCUGCUGGCAUCCAGCACCUGCAGCCCGCUCACCGGCUCAGCGCCAGCCCCACGGUGUCCUCCAGCAGCCUGGUGCUGUACCAGAGCUCCGACUCCAGCAAUGGCCACAGCCACCUGCUGCCGUCCAACCACGGCGUCAUCGAGACCUUCAUCUCCACGCAGAUGGCCUCUUCCUCCCAGUAACUAUGGCAAC